UACGGUGAUUGGGAACGUAAUGGUCGUUGCUCUGAUUUCUAAAUCCACACACUUUUCGUGCGAAAGAGGUCUUCCCAAGAGAUUAUAAGCGGAUUUUGGCUGCCAUGAAAGUAACAAAAGCUGCAGAGAAGGCUGCUGAAGAAGCUGAUAUUGGAGAAGAAGACGAGUUGGUGGAGAAAGAUGCCUUUGAAGAACUUAAGAAGUUGGCAGCCAAGUCGUCAAGUGUGGCCGUGAAUCAGGUGAAUGAAACAGUCAAUCAGGUCAAAGAGGUUGAAGAUGUCGAACUGGUCACCCGACCAUCUCAGGUUAAUAAUGCGAUUAAACACCGUGGAUUUGUUGCAUACGAGCGUGAGGGAGUAUCUUACAGGGACCCUACUGUUCGGAUGAAUGAUUGGAAGGAAGUUAUGGAAGAGACAAAACCUGGGCCACUCGUGAAGACUCAAGCUGCACGGUGCAUGGAUUGUGGUACGCCUUUUUGCCAUCAGGAACACUCUGGUUGUCCACUUGGCAACAAAAUUCCCGAAUUCAAUGAGUUAGUUUACCAAAAUAGAUGGUGUGAAGCACUAGAUCGACUUCUUGAGACCAAUAACUUCCCUGAGUUCACCGGCCGAGUGUGCCCAGCUCCAUGUGAAGGUUCUUGUGUUCUCGGUAUCAUCGAGAAUCCCGUUUCGAUCAAAAGCAUCGAGUGCGCAAUUAUCGACAAGGCCUUCGAGGAAGGGUGGAUGGUGCCUAGACCUCCUGUCAAGAGAACAGGAAAAAAGGUUGCGAUUGUUGGGAGUGGACCAGCUGGCUUGGCUGCGGCUGAUCAACUAAACAGGAUCGGCCACACGGUGACCGUGUUUGAGCAUGCUGAUCGAAUAGGUGGACUCAUGAUGUAUGGGGUUCCCAACAUGAAAGCAGAGAAAAUUGAUGUGGUUCAAAGGCGGGUUGACCUUAUGGCCAAGGAAGGUGUGAAUUUUGUGGUUAAUGCCAGUGUGGGAAAUGAUCCAUCAUAUUCCAUCGAGAGUCUUCGUCAAGACAACGAUGCCGUUAUUUUAGCAGUGGGUUCAACAAAGCCAAGGGAUCUUCCUGUUCCUGGACAAGAGCUAUCGGGAGUACAUUUUGCUAUGGAAUUUCUGCAUGCAAAUACUAAAAGCUUGUUGGAUAGCAAUCUUGAGGAUGGUCAAUAUAUCUCUGCAAAGGGAAAGAAGGUGAUCGUGAUCGGUGGAGGUGAUACUGGUACCGAUUGUAUCGGGACUUCUAUAAGACAUGGUUGCACCAGCAUCGUGAAUCUUGAGCUUCUUCCUGAGCCACCACGAACCAGGGCUCCAGGCAACCCUUGGCCACAGUGGCCUCGUGUAUUCCGUGUUGAUUAUGGACACCAGGAAGCUGCUACAAAAUUYGGCAAAGACCCACGAUCAUAYGAGGUAUUGACUAAAAGGUUYAUUGGUGACGAGAAUGGAGUAGUGAAAGGGUUGGAGUUGGUUCGUGUUCAGUGGGAGAAGGAUGAGAGUGGACGGUUCCAGUUUAAAGAAGUCGAGGGUUCUGAAGAGAUCCUCGGAGCUGACCUGGUUUUGCUAGCCAUGGGUUUCCUUGGUCCUGAGCCGACAAUUGCGGACAAACUGGGGUUGGAGAAAGACAAGAGGUCAAACGUGAAGGCGGAAUACGGGAGGUUUUCAACGAAUGUGGAAGGUGUAUUUGCUGCUGGUGAUUGCCGGAGAGGGCAAUCUCUAGUGGUGUGGGCUAUCUCGGAAGGGCGGCAGGUGGCGGCACAGGUGGAUAAGUUUCUGGUGGAAGAUGGAAAGGAAGGUGAAAACAGGUGGUUAGAAUCAGGGAAGAAAGAACAAGAGGCAAUUAGGGCAUAGUGAAAAAGAUAGAGAUUAGUUGGGUGGGUUAUAUGGUGAAAAAGGGUUGGGGAAUGAAUGAAUAUGUGUGGGUGUGGAAGUAAGUUUAGUUUUGGUUCAGGUUCAGGUUCAGGUUCAGGCAGCUGAAUGAAUAAGCUGUGCUGUUUAUAGCCUCUGUUUUUUUCUUGGUUGUUGCUUGUUUGAACUUUGAUGAAAUAAAUGUACAGAUGGCUCUGUUUUGUUUCAUCA